CGCGUGCGUGGAGGUGAAAUUACUGGACAGAGAGGGCCGUUCUGUCAUGGAGGACUAGGAGGACUGAAAGCUCAGCUGAUCCGCUGUUUUGCUUCGCGGUGAAGAGCUCCGCAGAGCAGGGGAGGAGAUUUCUGUGUUUUCUUUCUUCCUGUCUUUCUUUUUGUUCUUCUUCUUCUUCUUCCUCAUUUUGACGGAUCCUGAUUCCGGAUCAUCGUGCGUCGAUGGGCUCGGCAGGCGCAUCUCCUGCUCACAGAUAGGACGCGGUGCUGCCUCCUAGUAAUUCUGCCCCCCCACCCAGCACCCCCUCGCCCUUCCUGCGCCGCAGCGCCGGGAGAAACGUGACCCUGCAGGCGGAUCGGAGCGCGCGGAUCAUGGAUUAACGCCCGCGUGGAUGUUCAUCUGAAAGGUUCCCAAUGUUGAACAUGUCCACCCCUAGUGAGCUGAAGUCUACCUGCGUGACUCGCAAUGGAAUGGUGAAGUUGCCCCCCAGCCAGCCUAACGGCCUAGGGAGUGCAAGUAUCACCAAGGGAACACCUGCUGCUAAGAACCGCCUUUGUCAGUCGUCCUCCGUACCUUCCAUCUUGCCUCCUCCUCCAUCCUCCCUUUCUUACCAUCAUCACCACCACCAUUUGGAUGGCCCUGGCAUGCCUCAUGCUGCAGCGCCUCUCCUGACCUCCGACCUGGAGCCAAAGCCUCUGGUGGCUCUGAAGUCGUCUCUUCGCCAGCUUCCCCCUCUCACCCUCCCCAAACCCGUGCUGCUGGAGCGUCAGCUGGUACUGGAUGAGAAGCUUCUUAACCGCCUCCUCUGGUACUUCACCACAGCUGAGAAAUGUGUGCUGGCACAAGUGUGCAAGACGUGGCGUAAGGUGCUGUACCAGCCAAAGUUCUGGGAGGGUGUGACACCCAUCUUACAUGCCAAGGAGCUGUACAACAUUCUGCCUAAUGGGGAGAAGGAGUUUGUCAGUUUGCAGGCCUUUGCUCUGCGUGGCUUCCAGUCUUUCUGUUUAGUUGGGGUGUCGGACCUCGACAUUUGUGAGUUCAUUGACAACUACCCACUUUCCAAGAAGGGGGUUCGUUCUCUCAGCCUCAAGAGGUCUACCAUCACAGACGCUGGUUUGGAGGUCAUGUUGGAGCAAAUGCAAGGCUUGAUGCACCUCGAACUGUCAGGCUGCAAUGACUUCACAGAAGCGGGCCUGUGGUCCAGUCUCAACGCCAGGCUAACGUCCCUCAGCGUCAGCGACUGCAUCAAUGUGGCUGAUGACGCCAUCGCUGCAAUCUCACAGCUUCUGCCCAACCUGUCAGAGCUGAGCCUGCAGGCCUACCAUGUCACUGACACUGCCAUGGCCUAUUUCACAGCCAAACAGGGCUACACCACCCACACGCUCCGGCUACACUCCUGCUGGGAGAUCACCAAUCAUGGAGUGGUAAACAUGGUUCACAGCCUUCCAAACCUGACUGCCCUCAGCCUCUCUGGCUGUUCUAAGAUCACUGAUGAUGGUGUGGAGCUGGUUGCUGAGAACCUCCGGAAGCUGCGCAGCCUGGACUUGUCCUGGUGCCCUCGGAUCACUGACAUGGCUCUGGAGUACAUCGCUUGUGAUCUGCACAAGCUGGAGGAGCUGGUGCUCGACAGGUGCGUGCGAAUCACUGACACAGGAUUGGGCUACUUAUCUACCAUGUCAUCACUAAGAAGCCUUUAUCUGCGCUGGUGCUGUCAGGUGCAAGACUUCGGACUGCAGCAUUUGUUUGGAAUGAGAAGUCUUCGUCUGUUGUCUCUUGCAGGCUGCCCCCUGCUGACCACGACUGGUCUGUCAGGUCUCAUUCAGCUGCAGGAGCUGGAGGAGCUGGAGCUGACCAACUGUCCCGGAGCCACAGCUGAGCUCUUCAAAUACUACUCCCAACACCUUCCCCACUGCAUGGUCAUCGAGUAAGACCAACCAACUCUCAUCUGACAGACCACCAUUCUUCAACCCUCCUCCUCUUAAACAUUUCCUUACAGUUUUCAAACAAUCCUUCACCGCUCCUCAUGGCCUGAACCCUCUCCUCCCCCAACACCCAUUUGAACGGACGCACCAGCAGGCAGAGUGAGAGGCAGGAAGGCAGAUGACGGUACGUGCCAGACCCAGAGGAGGAUGGCGUUCAAGCCUCAUUUGAGAAGAUGCGGAAGCGAAGAGCUUGGCGUGACGUCUUGUCUGACCGCAAGUUUCUUUUUCAUAAUCAACAAAAGGUUUUCGAUUUGCAGAAGAGAGCCUCUCGGAAGACUUUGAUUUUUUUUAACUGAAAGGAUAUCGAAGAAAGAAACACGCAAGUCCAGAUGCAACUAAGAAGAAAGAGCAAACGUGAUAAAGACUUGUUGUUUUGGCUGUUUGAACUCACACUUACACACAGCAAACACUCAAGUCCUCAAGACCAUACGAAGUGACACUUCUGAGCAACUUUCAUCGCCCCGUGUAAUAUAAUCGCUGUUUCACUCUAUUUCUCAGAAGGUAUCAAAGGUUUAGUUUUCUCUUGUUUAGAGGAAGAUGCCACAUGGCAGCUGAAUGAGCAGGAAACGAUUCAGGAGGUGAAAACAAAGAAGAACCAUCUCGAUCUCUUUUUCUCCCUGCUUCUGUGUGCAAAAUGUAUCAUGGACUUGCAGCUUCCCAUAGCUAUGGGACAUCGUCACCUUUUAUCAUUUCUGUUUUAUCAAAGAAUAUAAAAAGACACACACAAAAAAAAAAAAA